UAAUGAUAUUGGAUAUUGGCCUAGACUGAAAAUUGUCGCUAAAUUUAAAAUGCGGAUGUGUUUCUGUCUGAAUUAGUAUCAUCUGGUAUGAUGCUGAAGCCUGUGAUGUUGAUCGUAGUUCUCGUAUUAAACAUAAUUUUUCAUGCGGCUCAUGGUGUUGUCUACAGCCAAAUAGAAGGUUUAACCGUCCUUAAUCCUGACAACUUUGACAACAAAACAUCACAAGGAAACUGGCUUGUGAUUUUCUAUCGCAAGUCUUGUGGACACUGUAUAAGUUACUCUCAACCAUUUUCAGAGUUUUGCUCGUCUAUAAAGAAUUGGAAUUGGGCGAUUAAUCUAGGGUCUGUGGAUUGUGAAGAAGAAAUCAAUAGCCCAUUAUGUAAUCGUUUCAAUGUGCAUGAAGUUCCCACCUUAAAGUUCCUGUCCAUGAAAAACGGUAGACAAAUGUCGGAACUAAUACCAUCCGAAAGAAACGUCAUGAAACUGCGAAAAAUCAUCGCUUCUCAUCUAGUGAACAUUCCUAACCUCCGGCUCUCGAAAGAACUGGCAGUUAACGAUCCAAUAGUCGUUACAGGUAGUGAUUCCGAAGUAAACGCUCUGCUAAUGCUGGAUUACAGUCUCCCUUUAAAACGUGAGAUCCAUAGUGUUACAAAACCAGGCUUAAAGGAAAUCGAUGUCACGAAUCCUCUUUCUGGGGAAGUGAUUGCUAAGGGUUCUGAGGAACAAGUUAGGAUGGUACUCCAACGGAUGUCAGGAGGCAGACCAAAGAUGGAACAAAACAGCCAAACAGAAAUGGAUGUUAUAACACCAACCCAAAUUAAAUACCCACCGGUUUACGCAGUUGAUGUCUUUCGAUCACUAAGCAUGUUACUUCAGUCUGAUGUUGGUGCACGAGAUAAAAUUGAAGGACCGGCUCUAGAAGCUCUAAAAGAAUUUCUAGACAUGUUAUAUGAAAUUCUUCCAGCUUCUCAGGAAUACAAAGCACAGCUCUCUGAAAUUUCUGUUUGGUUAAAUUCAAAAACGAGUAUAACGGGCCAAGAAUGGGUUGCAUAUCUUGAAGAAAUCAAAUUACCUUUAUAUAAAGGACCAUUUAUGGCGUGUAAUGGAAGCAAACCACAUUAUCGAGGAUAUCCAUGCGGUUUAUGGACUUUGUUUCAUUCAUUAACCGUAGAACAAUACCUGUUAUCAUCUUCUAGCUCAGACCGUCAGGUUGAUUCAGUCGCGCAUGCUUUAGGUCGUUUCAUACCUCGAUUUUUUUCAUGUACAUACUGCGCAUUUCACUUCGCACUAAAUACAGCGAAUUUAGCCAGACCAGGGGAAUCUAUCCUCCCAGAAAAUCGUAACACUCCUAGUCCAGAGGAAUUCGUAUUUGACGAAUCAGUUAUUCCCACUUUACCUAAAGCUCCAGAAACUCCCAGAGAUACUGUAUUAUGGCUGAAUGCGAUACAUAAUCGUGUAAAUAAACGUUUAGCUGGUACACCGUCGGAAGAUCCAACUGCACCCAAAAUCCAAUUCCCACCACCGUAUUUAUGUCCUACCUGUUGGUCACAAAAUUCGGAAGGUGAACUGGAACUGGGUAAGACUCCAGAGACUGAAGAAUCAUUAUUUCAAUUUCUUGUUGAACGAUAUCGUGCAUCAUCUUGGAAGUAUUUGGAAUUACCUACAGUAUUCAUAACUAAUGCUGUGGAAUUGAAAACUGAACAGGCAGUCUCCGAUUUGUUAAUAAUCUCGAUUAUUUCCAUUGUACUUACCAUACUGGCAGCUAUCAUUUUACUUGCAGGUUUACGUUUCCUAUGUCGGCGUCGUCGAUUUUUCCGUCGAAGACGAGGACAGUAUGCAGGUGGACAAUCAGUCUAAUUAUAUUUUAUUUAUAUUAUCAAACAAUUAAAAAUGAAAAAGAUCAUUUUUGAAGAUUUAUUUCUUGUGAAUAAUUGAUCAAUGAAUGUGUUGAUUCUAAUGUUGUUUCUCAAUGUAAUUUCUACUACUUUCCCAUUUCAAAUAAGCCUUUUUUUGUAAAGACAAUAAAUUGACUUUGUUGAACUACUGUCUUUUUUUCCACUGCUCAUUGAUCAAUAUUUUUUAUCAUUCAAAUCUUAUUCUUUACAGCUUUGUGUUUUUCUUUAGUUGUACUUUUAGGCACACUUCUCACUCUCUAUUCUGUUUUUCAUUUUUCCAUAUAUGGAACAAACUGUAUGGAUUGCAUAAGAAAAAAGUAAAUAGCACUAGUCAUUAUCACUACUACUGCUGUUGUUUUCAAUGAAUAAAUUCUCAUAAAUACAUUUUCAAGGGAUUAAAGUUGAAUGCUUAUAUAUAUAUAUAUAUAUAUAUAUAUAUAUAUAUAUAUAUAUAUAUCUGUAUCUUUUCAUCAGCUGAUUUUUUAUUAUAUUUUUUUCAAUGUCUACUUUACGUCUUCCAUCAUUCAUUUUGUUAAGUCUGUUUGUGCGCAUGUAUUAAUGGAUCUUUUUUUUAUAACCAGUUUAUCUAUUAUUUAUUCAGUUCUAUCUUUAUCACUUUAUUCAGUUAAGUUUAUUCAAUAAAACGAUAUUUUGUAAAUUAAUACAGUUAAUUUGUUUCAUACGCCUGAUAAUUCAUUAUUUAUAAAUGCAUAUAAAUAAAUAAUAAUUCAUUUAAAA